AUGCAGGAUGCAGCGUUACAGCGGAAGAAGAGUGAAGGGGCCCCAGCAUCCGGAGGGGACGAGGACGAGGACCUGGACAGAGGCGAGGAGGCCCAACGCCGCGCUCAGCGCAGCAGGUUCCACGGGUCGCCCGCGCCGCUCCUCAGGAAAAAAUCGGGGUACGCCUGGCCUCUCCCGAAGGGCUCCAGCGACGGGCGGCGCCUGGGGCACGGCGCCGCCGCUGGCGGGCGGCGCCGGGGGGACCAUCGGCGGCAGCGGCGCGCGGCGCGGGGGCG